UUUAAAAAGGAAAAAGAUACAGACCGUUCCCAGUUUAGGGCAUUUUUUUGUCGGGAAGUAAAGCUAUAACUUUACCAAACUUCUGUCAUCAGUUUCUUGCUUCCUCUGAUCUUUAAAGAUUUUCCGGCUUCAUCUCCGAUCAGGUUGGAGGGUAUUAUGUUUGCUGGAUACAUUCUGAGGGCUAUUUGUGAUCUCUGUAGAGUUUUCAGGUUGUGCUAUAUUGGUGCUUUUUCUGAAGGAAUCCUAUUUGACCAUCCAUUCUUUAGCAGUAGCUAUGCUACCCACUGGGUUGAAAGAUAACCAACUCCGUGAGAGCAACAGCCAAAAGGUCCACCCUCAACCCAUGGAAGAGUCUAUGAAUCAAAAUCCUGAAGCUGUGGAAGCUCUGAUAUCCAAAAUAUUUACUAACAUCUCCUCCUUGAAGUCAGCCUACAUCCAGCUUCAAUCUGCUCAUACUCCAUAUGAUCCUGAAAAAAUCCAGGAAGCAGACAAAGUUGUAAUUUCUGAGCUGAAGAACCUAUCUGAGCUCAAGCACUUUUACAGGGAGAACUAUCCCAAACCAGUAUGUGUUUCCCCUCAAGAUUCACGCUUAGCUGCUGAGAUUCAGGAACAACAGAGCCUACUUAAAACAUAUGAGGUUAUGGUGAAGAAAUUCCAAUCUGAAAUUCAGAAUAAAGAUACUGAGAUUGUUCAGAUGCAGCAGCAGAUUGAGGAGGCAUUGCAGAAGCGCGCAAAACUGGAAAAAAAUUUGAAGCUUAGGGGUUUGUCAACCAAAGAGUCUGAAGGUUCUGGAGAUGAAAGUGGGUUAUUUCCUGUAGAUCUCACGCCUGAGCUCUUCAUGUCUGCGGUAGAAGUGGCUUUUAAAGCCAUUCAUGACUUCUCCAAACCUUUGAUCAACAUGAUGAAAGCUGCUGGGUGGGACCUCGAUGCUGCUGCUAACUCCAUUGAACCUGAUGUUGUUUAUGCAAAGAGAGCUCACAAAAAGUAUGCAUUUGAAUCUCAUAUAUGUCAAAAAAUGUUCAGUGGGUUUCAACAGGAAAGCUAUUCUAUAAAAACAGAAAAUUUGACACUCACCAAAGAGAGUUUCUUUCACCAAUUUCUUGCACUAAGGGAAAUAGAUCCCUUAGAUGUCCUGGGUCAGAACCCAGAUUCCAUGUUUGGUCAAUUUUGCAGGAGCAAGUACCUGGUGGUAGUUCAUCCAAAGAUGGAAGCUUCAUUCUUUGGAAAUUUGGAUCAGCGAAAUUAUGUCAUGGGAGGUGGGCAUCCAAGAACACCCUUCUAUCAAGCUUUCCUAAAAUUGGCCAAGUCAAUCUGGCUUCUACACAGGCUGGCUUAUUCUUUUGAUCCUAAUGUUAAGGUCUUUCAGGUUAAGAGGGGUAGUGAGUUCUCGGAGGUUUACAUGGAAAGUGUUGUGAAAAAUCUGAUACUGGAUGAAAACCAGAAGCCUACAGUUGGGCUAAUGGUUAUGCCUGGUUUUUGGAUAGGAGGCAGUGUGAUUCAGAGCCGUGUUUAUCUCGCAGGUGUAAAGGUUGCUGAAUAGUAACCAAUAUCUUAUGUAAUAAUCUUUAAACAUAAUUAUAUGGUGUGUCUCAAUAUAAUUUACUACUUCCUUUGCUAAUAGUGUGUUGUAAUCUUUUUAACUAUUGUAAUUUGUAUUAUGAAAUUGUGAGGUGAAAUCCGCUUUCGUCUA